GGUCGUUCAAAUCUCCAAAUCCAAAGCCACUUCCGCGUUUCUUUUCUGUUUUGGGGGUAAAGGAGCAAUCUGUUCCACAAUCUACGAUAUCUGUGAGGGUAUCUAUUAUUGUUUCGGUGUUAUCAUAUCUAUUGUUAUCAAUUGAGUAUUGGUGUUGCCAUUUGUUUUGGAGUAUCUAUAAGAAAGAUGAUGUUUCCGUCUUCUUCAACGAAAGAAGACAACUUGAGUCACGCGGAGGAUGUUGUACUCUCCCCUCUCUCGUCGACCGCCUCGGAAGAUACCUUUGAAACCAACUCGAUAUUGGGCUCGCCACCACAAGACAAGAUUCCUUUGGAGAAAGCAUUAGAAGAUAAUGACGAAGCACACGUCCCCGUGGUGAUUGUCCCCUUGCCUUCGACUCCACAACACAUACAUCCAGAUACCCCAAGCACCAAUAACCCUUCCAUGAGUGAAAAGGCCACGGCAUUUUUCUUGUCAUUAUCUUCCGCCAAACGCAGUGUCGUCAUUAUCAUGAUACCCUUGAUAGUGGCCGUCACACUACGACUCGUCAGCAGCCGAGGACUCCAGAUGCCACUGCCUCAAGUCAACCGUGUCAUUGAAAUUGACGUCAAUGCUCCUCCCGUCAACUUGCCACAGGGACAAACCAUUUCCUCGUUACCCGAGCAUCAUCAUCUCACCAAAAAAAUGCUCGCGGAACAAGAUUCUUCUUCCAAAUACAGCAACAACAAUAAUAGUCCCUACAGCAGCAGUCGCAAAGCGUCCGAGUCACUCUUGUUACGUGAACAGCAAGACGCCAUUCCGCUGGUGGUCGAUCGGGGUGAAAAGAUACCCAUCGGAGUGGGCAUUCAAAAAUUGUCUGCCGCCGAAGCACUCCUCUGUAGAGAUUCCGUCAUUAAUUAUGUCAUUAAUGCUACCAAUGGCAAAGACGAAUGCACCGGACUUCAAAAAGCAUUUGAUGAAACCUGCAGUCAAGAAGAUGACGAUCAGCAGGAAGCAGCACACGAAGAACCCAAACGACAACGAAAAUUGAGACGACAACAGCUAAUGGGGGCCAAUGAAGUUGUCGAGUCUUUGGAGUAUCUACUGCAGCAAACGGUACAGGGAGUACACUGGGUGCUCUCUUAUAUAGUACCAACCAUAACACCCAAACGACCCACAUUCAAAGCACACGAUGCCGUUUAUCGUGUCUUUCGCCAAAAAUUUGUAACACGACAACACCACCACCACUCCAAAAACCAAACGACAAUAAUACGCCGCAACAAUCACACGACGACAACAACAACAAUACGUGACAACAAAACACAAAUACAGAAUCAGAGAAGAAGAAGAGUCGAGGAAACAACCUUGCGCGAAACAGCGCCAAGAGAUGAAUCUGAAGAAGAAGACGACAACAAAAAUGUACAAGAUGACGAUGAUCUCACCAAUAAAAAUACAACAGCGGCAGCUGCUGCCGAAGACGAAGAGACAGAAGAAGAAGAACACGUCAAGGUCAAGACGCCUCAUACGUCGCUCCACUUGCCCACGGGACAUGUACACGUCUCUAGCAAAACACUGGAAAAGACACUCCUCCUCGAACGAGAAGGACAGGUGCUCAAAGAGGUCAUCAAGGCCGUCAAUGCCACCCACAAUAAUAUGACCAAACCCAACGCACGAGAAGAUGCCGCCGCGUCCGCCAAAGCGGUGGAUGAAACCAACAAACUUGUAUCGGCUGUAUUGAACGAUCCCACAUCGGUCGAAGCCAGGGCGUGUUGUGCUUCCAUUCUCAAUGUAUACCACGAAAAUUGCAAUGUGGAUGCCGAAGAAGAAAUAUCCGACAAGCGAUUGUUCAUUGUCGUGUUGAUCAUGGCAUUUUGUGGCAUGGUCAAGAGUCUCAUUCGACAUUUCAAAAUUAGAUGGUUGCCAGAAGCGGCGGGGUGUAUCUUGGUGGGUGUGGCCAGUGGAUACGCGGCAUCGUACUUUCCACAUCAAGACUUUUCGUUUGAUGGGAACUGGUUCUUGCGGAUAUUGGUGCCUCCGAUUGUCUUUGAAGCGGCUCUGAGUAUUGACAAAAAGUCAUUCAAUCGGCACCUUGUACCCAUCAUAAUCUACUCGACUGUGGGAACUGUCACUGCGACCUUCCUGACUGCCAGCAUGGUCUACAAUGGAACUCUGUGGCUGGGGCGAUUCUGCGAAACUAUACCCUACAUUGAAUCACUCAUUUUCGGUGCACUUAUCUCAUCCAUUGACCCUAUUGCGGUUUUGAGUGUCCUCAGCAACAUGGGAAUGACAGAUACAGAUACCUUGUACGUUCUAGUCUUUGGCGAAAGUUUGCUGAAUGACGGCGUGGCCAUUGUGUUGUUCCACACGCUGGUGCAGUUUCUGGAUUCCAAUGUCAUUAUUGAUCAAGAUGCAAUUGUCAAUGCCAUUAUUCACUUUUUUGUGGUGGCAAUGGGAUCCAUCUUGGUCGGUGUGGGAUCAGGCAUCAUGUGCACACUCUACUUUUGGGCCUUUCAUGGAUGUCAAACCCCGCUCGUGGAGGUGCUCAUGUUCCUAUGCUGGGCGUUGCUCCCGUACUAUGUGUGUGAUGGAAUUGGCUGGUCGGGUGUUGUGACGUCGGUGACAGUGGGCUUUGUCUUGGACAUGUACGUGAUUGGGUUGGGAGACGACAAGGACGACAUUUCGGAGCACUCGCACGGGUCGCCAUUCCCGAUCCAUGAACCCAUUCCCGAGGAACGCAAAACCUGGGAUCGUAGCAAAGUGCGCCCCCUCUUUUCUGUGGAGGGCCAUUUGUCCGCCGUGGCUCGCACCCACAUUCAUUUUGUCACGGAGAUUGUGGCGACCAUGAUGGAAACGGCUAUUUUUGCCUACCUUGGCUUGUUUCUGUUUAGUCACCGGUACCACUGGAACGGGUUCCAUGUGAUGGUGUCCAUCUUGGCGUGCUGCGUCAGUAGGGCCAUUAUGAUUCCUAUUUUGAGUGCCUUUGCCAAUUGGAUCACGUCAAUGCAAAAGUAUCAGAACCGAUGCCGGGGAAUUCACAAGAAUUCUCCCGCCACGGGUGUCAUUGUGGAUCGUAAAAUGCAAAUGGUGCUUUGGUUUGCCGGUCUGAGGGGUGCCAUGUCAUUUGCCUUGGUGGAGCACAUUCCCUUGUUUGAUGCUGUGACGGGAGAAGGCACCAGAGUGAAGGCAGAAUUGAAGGCCAUGACAUCAGCUUCCAUCAUGUUUACGGUGUUUGUUUUGGGUGGGUCUACCAAUUACUUUAUGGACUAUGUUGGCCUUUCCCCCAACAGCAAGAUGGGUAGGAAUACGGCCCCUACCAACAUGGAGAUGAUUUCGUUGACAGCGGCAGCCAGAGGGAGCAGACCCGGUGAUUCUACUAGGAAUGGCACCCAUACUACAAACCGUGGGGGCGAUGUGUCCUUGGAUGGUUCCAACAAGGCCAGCCGAACGAUGCGACCCAGACUGAGAGUGAAGGGCUCGGAAGAUACAGAUCGAUAGCAUUACUAUCUCAGCAGCCCUGUGAGUACAGACCCAGCAGCUAUUUUACAAACGGAGACCAUGGCUAUAAAGAGUAGGUUCAUAACUAAGUACUUUUGCCAGAAUCUGUAAAGUGGGACGUGCACAAGAAAGUCCAUGUAAUGACAUGCUUGCCUAAAGCUUAAAAGCUGCUAUCUACCUAAUUGUUGCCAAUUUCCUCUUCAUCUUCUGUAUCCAAUGGGUCCACGGUUUCUGCUUUUCAAAGCCAGCAAACAAUGACAUGGUGAAAAAUAGAAUUGCUUGCAAAGCUUCUGGUACAAUAGCAAGGAGGGACCACUAACAGUGAGCUGUAUGGGUGGGUGGUGGUAGGAAAUGUCCCUGUAUGAGGUGGAGUUAGGUCAGCUUUAAUGGCCCAUUUUAAAGAUUUAUAGGAAUGCCUUAAAGUAUUAAUGUACAUGCGGAAAUAGAAAACCGGAUACCUUAAAGUUUAAAUGUAUCCAUGGAAAUCCCGAG